AUGGUACUGGCUAUCAAGGCUAUUAUGGCUUCGGUAUCUGGAAAAUACGAGGGUGACCCCAAUGUCAAGAAUGAGGUGAGCUGCUCUCCUUCCUCAAGCAGCGUCGCCGAGGCCGUGGGUAUCAACGAGAAGGCAUGGCUACGGAAACUUGACUAUCAUCUUCUCCCACCCCUCACACUACUGUAUUUGCUCUCUCUUCUAGAUCGCAGCAAUGUGGGAAAUGCGCGGCUCGAAGGAAUGGCGGAUGAUAUCCACAUGUCCGGAAAUCAAUACCUAACCGGCUUGACACUAUACUUCAUUGGAUAUGUCCUCUUUGAGCUACCCUGCAACGUCGUUCUUAAGAAUACCACCCCGAGACAGUGGCUCCCAACAUUGACUCUCGUCUGGGGCGUGGUCGCGACUCUGCUGGGAAUUGUACAAAUUUAUCCGGGAUAUUUGGCAUCAAGAUUUUUUCUUGGUGUGGCAGAAAGUGGCCUCUUCCCAGGCGUUGUCUUCUAUCUAUCCAUGUGGUACAAGCGCAAUGAGCAGCAUUAUCGAGUAGCCCUAUUUUUCAGUGCUGCCUCGCUGGCAGGCGCCUUUGGUGGUAUUCUAGCUUGGGGCCUAAAUGGAUGGCGCUGGAUUUUCAUUCUGGAAGGGCUGUUGACUGUUGUUGUUUCCAUACUCGCCUACUUCUGGGUAUACAACUAUCCAUCCACAGCCGAAUUUCUGGCAGAGGAAGAGCGACAAUUUAUCCAAUUUCGUCUGAAGAAUGACAGUGAUGCGACCUUUAAUGAAAAGUUUACCUGGUCUGCAGUGCUAGAUGCGUUCAAAGACCCCAAGGUUUGGCUUUACGGGUUAGGGUUCCAUACCAUGUCGCUCCCCCUAUACACCCUCUCACUCUUCUUGCCCACAAUCAUCAAGGAAUUAGGGUUCUCCGCCGCGAAGGCCCAACUACUUUCUGUACCGCCAUACGCAGUCGCAUUCGUACUCACUAUCGGCGUUGCAAUUGCUUCUGAAAAUACUCGCAUCCGUGCACCAUUUAUCAUGGGUUCAUCUGCUCUUGGAUGUAUCGGAUAUAUCCUUCUGCUGUCACAACAUCGCGCUGGCGUAUCUUACCUAGGAAUUAUAUUUGCGGCGGCAGGCAUUUAUCCAGCUGUCGCAAUUGUACUGUCUUGGCCUGCCAACAAUAUAUCUGGCCAAACAAAAAGAUGCAUUGCAAAUGCCCUCCAGAUCUCAAUUGGUAAUUUGGGGGCCGUUCUUGGAACGCAGCUCUAUCGGACUGAGUCUGCGCCACGAUAUUUCCUGGGCCAUGAUGUCGCUAACAAUAUUUUCUCUUCAGGCUUCGCAUUGGGCUAUCUUGUAGUAAAUAUUGUCGUUGUUGGGAUCUUAUGGUUAGUUCUUCGACGAGAAAACGCCGAAAAGGAGCGCGCCAGAGAAGCGCAGGGCCUGACACCGUUGAUGGGAGAUGUCGGUGAUGCUGAGGGAGAUUUUCAGGGAGACAAGGAUUCGCGAUGGGUGUUCCAAACGUGA